AUGGCAGCAUCCAUUCACUCGUCAAUCGGGCAAUCAAGCACACUAGUAGGAUUGGAAACUGAAUCACUAUCAAUGGCAGCUAUACCAGAACCGGCUUUAACAAAGGCCUCCAAGGUUGAGCAUCAUCAAUCAGCACCACCACCUCUCCCUGAAAAGGAUACAAUGCCACCCAAGAAGGAAGCUCGAUUGCAAUUACCAUGGAUUACCAUGUCAAACAACAUGUUCUUCAGUAGUGAUUACUAUGAACCACGGCUGUUUAACGCAUGGAGGAGGCGGAAUGGCUUCUCAAAACCAGUCCACAUUCUCACAAUAAUAAGCAUGACAAUAUGGUUUAUAUUGACUAUCGGCUACUUUGGCUACAUAUCCUUCUUCAUACCACUCGGAUUACGCAUAGUCUCAUACAUUGCAGCAGGAGCCCUAACAGCAAUCCAAGGCUUCUUCAUGUGGACAACCAUGCUAAUAGAUCCGCAAGAUGCAGCAGUAACACAUGCACAUACCCCACGCAAUAUAGAUUAUGUCAAAGUAUCAGGAAUACCCGUCAUUGAUCAAGAAACUCAAAUGUGUGGGAUUUGUAAUGUUAAAGUCGACCAUGAUACCAAACAUUGCAAACCAUGCAAUAAGUGUGUGUCGGGGUAUGAUCAUCAUUGUGGGUAUCUCAAUACGUGUAUUGGUAGACGAAACUACUUCCCGUUCUGUAUUUGCUUGAUACUUGCUGGUGUUGUGUCUGCAUUUUAUGGGGCAGUUGCGUUUUGGGGAUUCUCGUGGUAUUUCAACUCGAGGGAUGCCUUUGAUGCUACCGUGGCAUAUAUGUUCAACUUGAGCACCAACGAUGCACCUCGACAGGAUGUUGUACUUACAGGUAUUCUGGUAUACGGAUGCCUAGCUAUAUUUAGUAGUGUCUCAGUCGUCAACUUGCUCUGCUUCCACUCUAAACUAUGGAUAUUGGGAUUAACGACACUCCGAUACCUUGAAGCAAGAGAGGCAAUAAGAUAUGGAAGCGAACCAAAUCCCUAUGACCCACGCCCAAUUCCAGAAAUAUCUGUGAGCAAAAAGGUCAAGGAACGAUUAGUUAGACCAUCAUCAGACCUAGCUCGGGAAUCAACUCCCAUGGUCUGA